CCGGCGGACCGAGGCGGGCUUGUGGGGAAACGAAAGUGAGGGAGGAGGCGGUGGCUCUGGCAGCGGCGGGGCCCGGCCCGGCAGCGGCAGAGACAGCGUCCUGACCCCCCUCUCUUUGCUCCCUGGCAGCUCGCCCUUUCCCCUCAGCUAACAAUGAGGAGGAGAACUGACCCAGAAUUUACUGCCCCCAUCAAGAAACAGAAAAAAAGAGUUGCAGAGCUUGGCCUGAACCUCAGCUCCACGUCCGACGAUGAACCUCCCUCCUCUGUCAAUCAUACAGCAAAAGCAUCUGCCACAAGCCUCAGUGGGUCAGACAGUGAGAAUGAAGGGAAGCAACGCAGCUCUGACUCAUUUGAUGAUGUGUUCAAAGCAGACUCCCUUGUGGAGGGAACUUCUUCUCGCUACUCCAUGUAUAAUAGCUUCUCCCAGAAGCUUAUGGCCAAGAUGGGCUUCAGGGAAGGUGAAGGAUUGGGUAAAUACAGCCAGGGUCGGAAGGACAUUGUUGAAGCCUCUAGUCAGAAAGGUCGAAGAGGCUUGGGCCUGACGUUGCAGGGCUUUGACCAGGAGCUGAACGUGGAUUGGCAAGAUGAGCCAGAGCCCAGUGCCUGCGAACAAGUGUCAUGGUUCCCAGAAUGUACCACCGAAAUACCUGACACUCAGGAAAUGAGCGAUUGGAUGGUUGUGGGAAAGAAAAAGAUGAUUAUUGAAGAUGAAACAGAGUUUUGUGGGGAAGAGCUGCUUCACAGUGUAUUGCAGUGUAAGAGUGUAUUUGAUGUCCUGGAUGGGGAGGAGAUGCGGCGAGCUCGAACCCGGGCCAAUCCCUAUGAGAUGAUUCGAGGUGUCUUCUUCCUAAACAGGGCAGCAAUGAAGAUGGCUAACAUGGAUUUUGUGUUUGAUCGCAUGUUCACAAAUCCACGGGACUCUUAUGGGAAGCCACUGGUGAAGGACCGGGAAGCUGAGCUUCUUUACUUCGCUGAUGUCUGCGCAGGCCCAGGCGGCUUCUCAGAAUAUGUGCUGUGGAAGAAGAAGUGGCAUGCAAAGGGCUUUGGAAUGACUCUGAAGGGCCCUAAUGACUUCAAGCUGGAGGACUUCUAUUCGGCCUCCAGUGAACUCUUCGAACCCUACUACGGUGAGGGUGGGAUUGAUGGAGAUGGAGAUAUCACCCGCCCGGAGAACAUCACUGCUUUUCGGAAUUUUGUCCUGGAUAACACAGAUCGCAAGGGUGUCCACUUUCUGAUGGCUGAUGGGGGUUUCUCAGUAGAGGGACAGGAGAACCUGCAGGAGAUCCUCAGCAAGCAGCUGCUGCUGUGUCAGUUCCUCAUGGCGCUGUCCAUUGUCCGGACAGGAGGCCACUUCAUCUGUAAAACCUUUGACCUGUUCACACCAUUCAGUGUGGGGCUCAUCUACCUGCUGUACUGCUGCUUUGAACGAGUGUGUCUCUUUAAGCCUAUUACCAGCCGUCCUGCCAACUCAGAGAGGUAUGUGGUGUGCAAGGGCAUGAAGGUGGGCAUAGAUGACGUUCGGGAUUACCUCUUCUCAGUGAAUAUUAAACUUAACCAGCUGCGGAACACCGAUUCUGACAUCAACCUUGUGGUCCCCUUGGAGGUGAUCAAGGGAGACCAUGAAUUUACUGACUACAUGAUACGGUCCAAUGAGAGCCACUGUAGUCUGCAGAUCAAAGCUCUGGCCAAAAUCCAUGCCUUUGUUCAAGAUGCGACCCUGAGUGAGCCUCGGCAGGCAGAGAUCCGGAAAGAGUGCCUUCGACUGUGGGAGAUCCCAGACCAGGCUCGAGUUGCUCCCUCUUCCUCAGAUCCCAAAUCUAAGUUCUUUGAGCUAAUCCAGGGCACUGAGAUUGACAUCUUCAGCUACAAGCCCACACUGCUCACCUCCAAAACCUUGGAGAAGAUCCGCCCUGUGUUCGACUACCGCUGCAUGGUAUCUGGCAGCGAGCAGAAGUUCCUCAUUGGCCUGGGGAAGUCCCAGAUCUACACAUGGGAUGGCCGCCAAUCAGACCGCUGGGUCAAGCUGGACCUGAAGACAGAGCUACCCCGGGACACUUUGCUCUCUGUGGAAAUUGUACAUGAGCUGAAAGGGGAGGGGAAGGCCCAGCGGAAGAUUAGUGCGAUCCACAUCCUCGAUGUCCUCGUGCUGAAUGGCAGCGAUGUUCGGGAGCAGCACUUUAACCAGAGAAUUCAGCUUGCUGAGAAAUUUGUGAAAGCUGUUUCCAAGCCCAGUCGGCCUGAUAUGAAUCCCAUCAGGGUGAAGGAAGUGUACAGAUUGGAGGAGAUGGAGAAGAUUUUUGUCAGGUUAGAAAUGAAGAUCAUCAAAGGCUCUGGUGGAACCCCGAAGCUCAGCUACACGGGGCGGGACGACCGGCACUUUGUACCCACAGGCCUCUACAUCGUCAGGACAGUGAAUGAGCCGUGGACUAUGGGAUUCAGCAAAAGCUUCAAGAAGAAAUUCUUCCACAACAAGAAAACCAAGAUCUCCACUUUCGACCUCCCUGCAGACUCCAUUGCCCCAUUUCACAUCUGCUACUAUGGCCGGCUCUUCUGGGAGUGGGGAGAUGGCAUCCGUGUGCACGACUCCCAGAAGCCCCAGGACCCAGAAAAGCUGUCCAAGGAAGAUGUCCUCUCCUUCAUCCAGAUGCACAGCGCCUGAGGGCCUUGGGACACCCCACCCCUGCUGAAUGCCCUGUCAUUCCGAGACAGGACACUCUGUCCCUGGGGCCCACAGUUUCUUCUCCCUCUUGGAAAGAGACUGGGGAGCACUGCAGCCUGGCCAUUAGGGGUGAGUGGCCUCCUCUCCAUGUCCUGAAGAGCUCAGUCAGGGGCCUUCAGAGGACACUCCUUCUGGGUCACCUUCUGCCUGGGAACUGUUUCCCCUGCCAGGACUCAGCUUGAAGGAAGCUGCUCCUGUGGCAGGUUUGAGGUCAGUGCCCAGGGUACAUGGGGCUGGUGGAGGACAUGUCAGAGUGGCAGGGCCUUGGGCUCUGUUGUUCUCUCCUGUAUCCAAUAGACUCACUUUUCUGAGUUCCAUGCACUGCCCUUGCUUUGCCCAGCUUUUUAUUGGGCCAACUCUGAGUAGGUGGAGGCCCACUGUCGUGAGCUGGCCAGGAGCAGCUGCUGUACAAAUCAAGGCUUAGUUUCUUUGAACUUGCUUGGUUUUGAUCCUCAGUUGGAGAAGCGUUUGUCUCCUCCCCACACCCAUCGUGGCCUUCCCUGGAGUUCUUCCCAGCCUGGAACUGACAGUCCCGCAGGCCAGGAAGGAGUGUGGGCCCCACUCCCUGACAGCACAUAGGGAUCCAGGUAGUGCUGUUUUUGGCACUGGGUGUGACUGCCACCCGGGGUUGUAGAGCAUUCCUGGGCCUCAUCCCCAUUUGAUCCAAAUAUUGGGCAGCUCAAGAAGCAGCCUUGAAGACCUGCCUUUUUCUCUCCCCCACCAGUAACUAAUAGGGGUACCCCCAGGGGUUUGGGUAGCACUGGCCCUCUGGUGGUCAUGUACCACCAUCUGCCACAGCCACCCUGGGGUCUCGGCAGAAUUCUGAGCUAGAGGUAGCUUCUUGCUACCCUUUCCCUUCCUUUGUUUUUCUUCCCCAGUAGGAGGUACAGUCUGCUUUUGUUUGUCCAUAUGUGGUCACUCCAUUUCCUCUACCUUGAUGGAGGUGGAUAAGGAGAAUGGAAAGCUGGGCAGUAGCUUUGGGUGGGGGAGGGCACCUGUGGUUGUUUUUAAUGGGAAAUACCUCUCAGAAAUGUUCAUGCAGGCUCCGUAGGGUCUCAUCCCAGUGCCAGACUGGUUUCCAUGGAGAUGGGGCACUGAGGCUCCCGUGAGUUUGGAAUUGACUCCACCAUGGGGGUCCUUCAGCCAGCAUCCAGUCCCUGCUCCCAGGCUAGCAGCAGCACUGCUGAGAUGCUGUAUUUCCACCCAAUUCUGGGUAUGUCAGUGUGUCUUGCAGAAUCUUGGAUCAUUAAAGAUAAACAUAUUUUUAA